CUUGUUUCCAAAUUGGCCAUUUUUCACUUUCUCAUGGCUGUUGCGACAUGCGUCGCAUUUAGUUUGAAAACAUUCGUUCCUAUUUAAUUGUAGCGAGCGUGGUGUUUUUUUCCGCGAGAUAACCACGUGUUAAUACAUGUAAACAUCAUCGAAUUAUUGUCGAAGCUUAACAAAGAUGGGUAAAGCGAAGCUCGUUUUGGAGAAUGGUGAUGUGUUUGAAGGCACAUCAUUCGGCGCUGAGCUCAGUGUUCCUGGAGAAGUUGUGUUCCAGACUGGAAUGGUUGGCUAUGCUGAAUCUCUGACAGACCCCUCGUACAAAAAUCAGAUCUUAGUUCUCACAUACCCACUUAUCGGAAAUUAUGGCAUACCUGAGGAGGAGGUUGAUGAAUACGGCCUCAUUCGCUGGUUUGAGUCUGACCAUAUCCACGUGGCUGCCCUGAUUGUUGGGGAUGUCACCGAGAAAUACAGUCAUUGGAGUGCUGCAAAGUCGCUGUCCAAUUGGCUGAAAGAACAUAAAAUACCUGGGAUAUAUGGCAUUGAUACACGCAGUCUGACGAAGAAGAUCCGAGAGACUGGUACACUGCUUGGGAAGGUGAUACAAGAGGGAGCCAGUUCAGAAGAAGUGGAGUUUAUGGACCCAAAUUUGCUCAAUCUUGUGGACGAAGUAUCCAUUAAGGAGCCUAUGACUUACAAUGCCAAAGGUGAUGUGAAGAUAGCUGCAAUGGACUGUGGAAUAAAGUACAACCAGAUACGCUGUCUGUGUGAGAGAGGGGCCUCAGUGACAAUCCUUCCCUGGAACUACCCAAUCGACAUGAAAGAGUAUGAUGGAUUAUUCCUAAGCAACGGCCCUGGGAACCCUGAGAUGUGCCAGGAGACUAUUGAUCAUCUGCGCGCUCUGGUUGCCAAUGACAACAUGAAACCCAUAUUUGGAAUCUGCCUUGGACAUCAGCUUCUGUCCCUGGCCAUAGGGGCUAGUACUUACAAGAUGCCGUUUGGAAACCGAGGCCACAACCAGCCAUGCAUGUACAGCGGCUCAAUUCGCUGCUACAUCACCACACAGAACCAUGGGUUCGCUGUCGAUGCCACAAACCUCCCCAAAGGCUGGUCAGAGCUCUUUGUGAAUGCCAACGAUAAGACAAAUGAAGGCAUUGUUCAUGAGACUAAACCAGUGUUCAGUGUACAGUUUCACCCAGAACACAUGGCUGGUCCCCGUGACCUUGAACAUCUCUUUGAUGUGUUUCUCGAUCAAGUUAGAGGCCAUAAACUGAUGAGAUACAGCCCCUCUGUGAAGGAUCGUCUUAAUGGAGUGUUACGGAGCCCCAUACCCUUGUCGGAGAUAAUUACCCAGAAGCCCCGUAAAGUACUACUCCUCGGCUCCGGCGGACUUUCAAUAGGUCAGGCAGGGGAGUUUGACUACUCUGGAUCACAGGCAUUGAAGGCCCUGAAGGAGGAAGGGAUACAGACAGUCCUGAUCAACCCCAACAUCGCCACCGUGCAGACAUCCAAGGGCAUGGCAGAGAAAACAUACUUCCUCCCUAUAACACAUGACUAUGUCGCUCAGGUGAUACAGAGUGAGCGUCCAGACGGUAUAUUGCUGACAUUUGGGGGUCAGACUGCCCUCAACUGUGGCAUACAGCUCACCAACUCGGGAAUACUCGACAAAUACAAUGUCCGAGUUCUUGGCACACAGGUGAAGUCAAUUGAGUGGACAGAGGACAGGAAGGUGUUUUCAGAGAAGAUGGCUGAAAUAAAUGAGCAUGUGGCCCCAAGUGAGGCUGCAUACAGUGUGGAACAGGCUGUUGAGGCUGCAGGAAGGCUUGGAUAUCCGGUCCUGGUAAGGGCAGCCUUUGCUCUUGGCGGUCUGGGCUCGGGAUUUGCUGAUAAUGAAGAGGAGCUGAUAAGCCUGGCCACAGCAGCGUUCGCCCACACCAGCCAAGUGUUGGUUGACAAGUCACUGAAGGGCUGGAAGGAGGUUGAAUAUGAGGUGGUCAGGGACGCCUAUGACAACUGUAUCACUGUGUGUAACAUGGAAAAUGUCGACCCCCUGGGAAUCCACACUGGAGAGUCAAUUGUGGUGGCUCCCAGUCAGACGCUCACCAAUGUGGAAUACAACAUUCUACGGUCCACAGCCAUCAAGGUCAUACGCCACCUGAAGGUUGUUGGAGAGUGUAACAUACAGUAUGCGCUCAACCCUGAGUCUCAGGAGUAUUUCAUCAUAGAAGUAAAUGCACGACUGUCAAGGAGUUCGGCCUUAGCCAGCAAGGCCACAGGCUACCCUCUGGCUUAUGUAGCGGCAAAGCUCUCCCUUAACAUGCCACUACCAGAACUGAAAAACUCCGUCACGGACUCCACAACUGCCUGUUUUGAGCCGAGUCUGGAUUAUUGUGUAGUAAAGAUUCCAAGAUGGGAUCUGAAGAAGUUUUCACGUGUAUCUUGUAAGAUUGGUAGUUCCAUGAAGAGUGUUGGAGAGGUGAUGGCUAUUGGCCGGAAGUUUGAGGAAGCCUUUCAGAAGGCGUUACGGAUGAUGGAUGAAAACCUACUUGGGUUUGAACCACACGGAGAAGAAUUUGAGGCAAAGGAGCUACAGGAGCCAACAGAUAAGCGAAUCUUAAUCCUAGCCCUUGCCUUACGUUGCGGCUACUCCAUUGACCGCUUGUACGAGCUGACCAAGAUUGACCGAUGGUUCCUUCACAAGUUCAAAAACAUCACCGACCUUCAACAGACAAUGGCAGAAUUUAAAGGGGCGACCAAUAAGAUCCCAGCGCCACUAAUGUUGUCCGCCAAGCAGCUCGGGUUUUGCGAUGAGCAGAUUGCUAAACAUGUGGAAAGUACAAGUCAAGUAGUGCGUAAGAUACGGCGAGGGAUGGCAAUUCUCCCCUACGUGAAACAGAUCGACACAGUGGCUGCUGAGUGGCCGGCCCAGACCAACUAUCUCUAUCUGACAUACAACGCCAUGGAUCAUGACCUUCCAUUCUAUGGGGGUCAUGUGAUGGUCCUGGGAAGCGGUGUGUAUCGUAUCGGCAGCAGUGUGGAGUUUGACUGGUGCGCUGUCAACUGCAUACGGGAACUCAGAAAGAUGGGGCACAAGACGAUCAUGGUGAACUGUAACCCAGAGACGGUCAGUACAGACUACGACAUGUGCGACAGAUUGUACUUCGAGGAAAUCUCUUUUGAGACUGUGAUGGACAUCUACUUGCUCGAGAAUCCAGAGGGAAUUAUUCUCUCAGUAGGAGGACAACUACCUAACAACAUCGCCAUGCCCCUGCAGAGAAACAAGGCCCGGAUCCUUGGUACGUCACCAGAGUGUGUGGAUAAUGCAGAGAAUCGCUUCAAGUUUUCCCGGAUGUUGGACAACAUGGGAAUCAGCCAGCCCCUGUGGAAGGAGCUCUCCACUAUAGAGAGUGCCAAGCAGUUUUCUGACGAUGUUGGUUACCCGUGUCUGGUCCGGCCAUCAUACGUGCUUAGCGGAGCGGCGAUGAACGUGGCCAACAGCCACUCAGAUCUGGAGAACUAUCUGUCACAGGCCAGCAUGGUGUCCAAGGACCAUCCAGUGGUCAUAUCAAAGUUCAUCCUGGACGCCAAGGAAAUUGAUGUUGAUGCAGUUGCAUGUGACGGGGAGGUAGUGUGUAUGGCUGUCUCAGAACACGUGGAAAACGCUGGUGUCCACUCAGGGGACGCAACUCUGGUGACCCCGCCGCAGGACCUGAAUGAGGAAACAGUGGCUAAGAUUCGCCUUAUCUGCUGUGCCAUUGGCCGAGCCCUAGAGGUGAACGGGCCUUUCAACAUUCAGCUGAUUGCCAAGGACAACCAGCUCAAGGUCAUAGAAUGCAAUGUUCGAGUGUCAAGGUCAUUCCCAUUUGUCUCCAAGGCACUGGACCAUGACUUUAUCGCCAUGGCAACCAGGGUUAUAAUGGGAGAGAGUGUGGAACCAGUUAACGUGCUGUAUGGGUGUGGACGUGUCGCAUGUAAGGUGCCAGUGUUUUCCUUCUCCCGGCUUCAAGGUGCUGAUGUCCUGCUUGGAGUCGAGAUGGCGAGUACUGGAGAGGUAGCAUGUUUUGGAGAAGACAGAUAUGAGGCCUACCUUAAGGCCCAGAUGGCCACUGGCUUCAAAAUACCCCAGAAGAAUAUCCUCAUCUCCAUUGGCAGUUAUAAGCACAAGACGGAAUUGAUUCCAACUCUAAGGGCGCUGGUGGACAUGGGCUAUGUGUUGUACGGGAGCAUGGGCACAGCAGACUUCUACAACGAACAUGGCUUCACUAUCAACUCAAUAGACUGGCCGUAUGAUGACAACGAUACCACUGACAGCUCGAAGACCAAUGGUAACCAGCAGACAAUUGCCGACUAUCUCUCGGAGAACAAGUUUGACCUGGUUAUCAAUCUGCCCCUGAGGCACAAUUGCCAGCGGGCAUCGUCCUUCGUCACCCAGGGAUACAAGACCCGCAGAAUGGCCAUAGAUUAUUCGGUGCCACUCAUUACUGAUGUGAAGUGUACGAAAAUGUUUGUUGAGGCAUUACGUAGGCUGAAAACAGACCCACUAAUGAAGACACACAUUGACUGUAUCGCCUCUCAGAAGGUCAUCAGACUGCCUGGUCUGAUUGAUGUCCAUGUGCAUGUACGUGAACCAGGGGCCACUCACAAGGAAGAUUGGAGUUCCUGUACUGCUGCUGCGCUGGCGGGUGGGGUAACCAUGAUCCUUGCCAUGCCCAACACUAACCCACCUACAGUGGAUGAGGCUGCAUUUGCCCUAACUCAGAAAUUGGCUAAAGCAGGAGCCCGUUGUGAUUAUGGGGUGUACGUUGGGGCCAGCAAGGAUAACUACGCCAAACUGCCGAGUAUUGGUGGAGCUGCAGCUGCCCUCAAGAUGUAUCUGAACGAGACUUUCACGACCUUGAAGCUUGAUGAUGUCUCUGUAUGGAUGAAGCACUUUGAGCACUGGCCGAGGCAGUUUACGCUGUGUGCGCAUGCUGAAGGUACCCAUACAGCAGCAGUGAUAUUGAUGGCGGAGCUCUUCAAGAGACCAGUCCAUGUGUGCCAUGUGGCUAGGAAAGAAGAGAUACUGGUCAUUAAGGCUGCCAAGGAGAGAGGUCUCCCAGUGACAUGCGAGGUGGCUCCUCACCAUCUCUUCCUCACCUCAGAUGACCUUGAACAUGUGGGUCAAGGUCGCGGGAGGGUCAAGCCACCGCUGGUUUCCAGAGAGGACCAGGAUGCAUUGUGGGAAAACCUUGCCAUCAUUGAUAUUUUUGCUACUGACCAUGCCCCUCACACAGUUGAAGAAAAGUGUUCGGAGAAUCCACCUCCAGGAUUCCCCGGCCUUGAGACAAUGUUACCGCUACUACUGACUGCAGUAGCUGAGGGCAGGCUGACAAUUGAGGACAUCGUUGAUCGCCUGUACACGAAUCCUCGCAAGAUCUUCAACCUCCCGGAGCAGCCGGACACGUACAUUGAGGUAGACCUUGAGACAACCUGGAUUAUCCCCCCUGCCAUGACCUUCAGCAAGGCACAGUGGACUCCAUUCCAGGGCCGUAGUGUGAAGGGCAUGGUACGCAGGGUCGUGUUGAGAGGCGAGGUGGCCUACAUUGAUGGAGAGGUUCUAGCCAAGCCGGGCUUUGGUCAGGAUGUGCGGUCAGGAAAACUUGGCCAGCUGAGCCAGCUCGGCCAUUCUGAGCAGCUGACCAUAAGUAUUCCAGCCAUUCCAUCCCUACCCCCAUCAGAGCCCAUGAGCCCUGUGAAGAGAGCCCCUGUAGAGCGCGUGAUUUUCCCUCACCAGUCUCGAUCCCAGAGGCAGAUGGACUACUACAGCCUCAAUGCUAAUCAGCAGGACUUCUACGAUUUCUCCACUAUUGCCCCGAAUGAUUCCAUUGCAAAGAUCAUGCUCAACAGAGAGUCUGGGCGAGGUGACCAGCUGGAGCUGUCCAGACAGCGGGUUGACCCAGCGCUACGUGAUAUGGGGCUGUCCCCUCAACAUGCCAUGCACACAAGGGAGGCCCUGCCACACAUCACCCCCGGACUCACCGGACACCAUGUGUUAACUGUCAGCUCAUUCUUGAGGGACCAGUUACAUCAGCUGUUUAACCUGGCCCACCAUUUCCGUGCCGCAGUACUGAGAGACAGGCCCCUGGACUAUAUUCUUAGGGGCAAAGUCAUGGCUUCCAUGUUCUUCGAGGUGAGCACACGGACCAGUUGUUCCUUCUCAGCCGCCAUGCAGAGACUCGGAGGCACGGUCAUACAUUUUGACGAGGGCUCGUCAUCUGUAAAGAAAGGGGAGUCUUUGGAUGACACAGUGCAGACCAUGAGCGGUUAUAGUGAUGUCAUGGUGAUCCGCCAUCCGGUGCCCGAUGCAGUACAGCAAGCUGCCAAUAACUGCCUCAAGCCGAUCAUCAAUGCCGGGGAUGGGACUGGUGAACACCCAACACAGGCACUGCUGGAUGUGUUCACCAUCAGAGAAGAGAUCGGCACUGUGAAUGGUCUCACUAUUACAAUGGUGGGAGAUCUGAAGAAUGGCCGGACUGUCCACUCACUGGCUCGGCUGCUGACCAACUACAGGGUGACGUUGAACUAUGUCUCACCCAGGUCCCUGAAGAUGCCCCAGGACGUGGUAGAUUUUGUCGCUCAGAAAGGUACCCAUCAGCAGGAGAUGAAUUCCCUAGAACAGGCUCUCGUAGAAACAGAUGUGCUGUAUAUGACCCGUAUACAAAAGGAGAGGUUCUCGUCUACAGAUGAAUAUGAACAGGCGUGUGGUCAGUUCGUUGUGACCCCUGAACUCAUGACAAGAGCCAAGAAACGCAUGGUGGUCAUGCACCCUCUACCAAGGAACUUUGAAAUCAGCCCCGUUUUUGACACAGACCCAAGAGCAGCCUACUUCAGACAGGCUGAAAAUGGGAUGUACGUUAGAAUGGCACUUCUCGCCUUAGUGCUGGGAAAAUGUUAAAUGGCAUGAAUAUAACAAAGGCACUCCUCCACUUCAUCUUCAUACUUAUAUAAAAUCAAAAUACACCUUUGUUUAAGAUUAGAAAAAAUACCUUGGUGUUAGAAAAAAAAUAGGAAAGGAAAACAAGAACUGUUCGCAAAAUUUGAAUCUCAUAUUAAGUAGUAUUGAUGUUGUAGCAAUUGUCACAAAUGCUACGUAGGUUUAGUUGUUAUAUAUAUUUUAGUAGUAGAUCAUAUAAUUGUAUCUCGGACAUGGUAAUGGCUUAAUUGCUGUACAGUAUGUUCUAAAAUAUCAUCAGGUUCUUGUCAUUUUAAGUUUGACUGUUUUACUUAAUAAGUUGUUGAGGUAUUGUCAUAGUCUUAAGGUCGUCGCUGUCUGCAAAUAUUUUAAUCUUGGACAAAAUGCAAAAAGAGCUGAAGAUACUCAAAUUGAAGUUGGUACACAUGUUGCCAUAGGUACGAGUUAAGGAAGCCGAAGGUCUAUAAUUCUGGAAUUACCCGGUAAUAAUGUUGAAGUUAUGCUCCUUGAUUUGCGGAAUAAAACUAGAUGAGCAUGUGUGGGAGCUCUGUGGCACUCUUGCUACCCUCUUUAAAGAUACAUGAGAGUAAAACUGUGUUAAAUGCAUAUUCUGUAUGUUAUGAUUCUUGUUUGGUUGUUGAACAGUUAGUUCUGUAAUGCAAGCUAAUGUCGUAUAUCUUACAGGAUAUUUUUUCAAGUAGCCCGAAUGAAUUUUUUUAACAAUGACGAUGCCAAAAUGAAAUUAAAAAUAAUUUCAUGCAAAACAACAACACAUAAAAGUGUGACAUUCAAAAAAGAAAAACACUCAUUAAUGAAAACAGAUAAAUUGUCUAAUUGCAGUGUAAGAAAAACAUUGUUUCACUUGUGGCAUCUUAGUGAAAAUGUUUCAACCUUGGUCAAUAUUAAAAAAACAGUUCCAAGAUAUUCAAAUGUAACUAUGUAUACCUGUUGCCAAAGACAAUUGUUCAUGUUAAGCAAGGACCAUUACUCUGGCUGUAAUAGUGUUAUUCUUAUUCUCCUUGUUUGAUUAAAGAGAUAAAAACAGCAGACCUAAUGUGUUGGCAUUUACUCAGCGGCACUUGUCAAGCAACACGAGAAUCUAUAGUGAAGAAAACAAAAUCUUUAACAGAGGUGCAAAUAUCAAAACUUGUAUUUUCACUGCAUGAUAGUUCAUCAAUAAGCAUAAUAAAAAUGCGUAUAUAUACAUUGUAGGACUUGAAAUGCAUUUUGAUUGUUUCAAAGAGUGUCAGAAAGUUAGAUAAAAUUAGUCCAUGAAUUAUUUUUUUCAAGGCUAGGGCAAGGUACUUGAGACAAACAAAUCAUGAAUGUCCAUUGAGAUUUUGAAAUAAAAACAUGUAAAGUUGUGCUCAUGAUUUCAUGGAAAUGUGUAAUUGUAUUGUAAUUGAUAUUCAAAAUCACACAAAGUUUCUUGUUAUGUUUUUUAAACAUUUAUCUCUCAUUGUUCUGGCUCAUCAGUAGACAAAAAAAUACUUUAUUAAGGAAGUUCUGUUAAGAUCUUACAUUUAAAUGUUUUGAUGUUGUUUUUCAAUUGUAUUAAUUGUGUUGUAAUAGAAUUUGCAUAAAAAUGUUUACAAUUUUGUUCAUGAUUAAUGUGUUAAUGUAUUCUUAUGGCACAAUACACCUUUAAUAUAAGUGUAUGUCUGUAAUCUGUUCUGCUGUUCUGAGUGUUAAUGUCAAUGUUGCAAGAAAAAUAUGAGAAUGAAGCAACUUUGUUUACAGUGUCAUGUGAUUGUUUACAUUUACUUUAAAUAUCUUUUGUGCCGAAAUAAUAUAUUAUUUUUGUUUUGAUCAAAGUCUGGUUAUAUUUUCAAACAAGUGUAUUGUGUUUAUUUUUUCAAUACAAAAGGUGUGGUCCAAAAUUAUUUUUUUAUCCUUUGUCUGGAAAAAAAGUGCUCAAUGUUUUCUGUCUUUACUCAUAUGUUACAUGUAUGUGCGAAUGAGGUUAAAUGUUAUCAUGUUUUGUUGAUAUUAUUUUUUUAUGAUGAUAGUUUAUAUAAAUGCAUGUUAAGUGCUUGAGCUGGUGCAGGUGUUUCAUUGUAAAGUUUUCCAUUCUUGUGGUAAAAUUAUGGAACUACUUUUUCGUUUUGUUACUUUUUCUGGAAAAAAUUAUUUCAUUUGUGCCAUUCAUUAUAUAAAGACUUAAAUAAAACUUGAACUUUGUGUAAUGGAAUUAAUAAGUUGUUGUGUUUUACAGCUUAUAUGGACUCACUUAUGUUUUUAUAAAGUGCACCUUUUUUGUAUGACUAAAAAAAGUGUGGUAAAUCAUAAUGAGUGUUAAAACAAAGAUACUAAAAGCUGAAAGCCUUCAGGAAAUUUUGAUAUUUGUUCAAAUAUUGCUUUCAAGACAACAAUUUUCAAAGUGUAAAUAAUUUAGCUUUGUUGUUGCUUGAUUGGUAGAUUUGACAUAUCACGUGAUGUUAUCAUUGUGUUGUUAAAAGGUAAAAAUAUCCAUCAAUUCUGUAUGAUUCUUAGUUGCCUAGGGAUUAAGGCAUCAAUACUCUUUUUUGUACUUGACUUUACCCCACUAAAACCAAAAUUCUUCUAUUCAAUAUUAGAGCAAAAUAACAGUAAAAUAAGUGUUUUCAGAUGUAUAACCAGGAAAACUCAUUUUUGGUCCAAAAACAUGAGCGAGUCCAUUUAAGGAUUGAAUGGGAAUGUAGUGUUCAUUUGUGAUAUAGUUGUGAAGGUUGUUAUUAAUGAAUCCCAUAACCGAAUAGUAUAAUGUGUGGUAUGUUUUAGGGUAAACACACGACCAACUCAUCAACAAAUGUAUCUUAGUUUAAGUUUUCUUAUUGUUAAUUCAUCCAGGUAAUGAGUUGUAUUUAAAAGAAAAUUAGACUUGAAAUAUUUGACUAGUAGGUUUAAUUAAAAUUACAAGUUAAAAUAUUAUAUCAAUUUUUCACACUGCCUUAGUUCUCAACUGAAAAUCCUGAUGUAUUGAUAUUUCGUUUCAUUGAUAGAAUUGCCCCUAUCUUCCCAUUAAUAUCUGCUCUUAAUAAUUUAUAUGUGCCAAUGUGCCAAAAUGGCUAUUACAAAAUUUAUAUGAAUCUGAGACAAUAUGUUUUGAUCAAACUUAAUUUACUGUUAAUUUCUAUAGUAAUUCUAAUGUCUUUAUAUUAUUAUCUUUAUGGGUAGGUUAUAUACAAUUAGUAUAAAAAAUUGUUUGGCAAUAUAUAUGUAAUGACUUUUGAUUUAAUGUUAGUUUUCUUUACACUUCUCAUAUGUUUGGAACUGAAAUGAUUUUUGCCAAUGGAAUCUUAAUAAAUUUUGUUCAUACUU